GAUGCGGCGCUAUAUGAUAUGCCCGGAAAAUGUUCUGACGGUUUAAUAAGGGGGGUGGGGUUUUAAAAAAGACCCCCCCGCUAAUUUUGCCGGGCUAAUUUUGUUUUCAAUAUACACUAAUUGUACUACGAGAGUUGUAUCGCAUAAGUCAUUACAAAAAAAUGGUAUAAAUAGGAGUUAGUAAGUCUAAGAACGUUUGUUUGCAAACAUGUCUGUGUACAGUCGUUUUGCGAGGCUUAGAAAAUCUGAACCACGAGCCUUCAGUCGCUAUCAAACUAUGGACCAGAGACUUCAAACCUUUGAAGACAGGCCAUCCAAACGCAGCGUGUCAAAGGAAGACCUGGCUAGCCAAGGGUUCAUCUACGACCCUUGUGUCAUCUCCGACACGAGAGAGAAUUUCUCCGACACUAUUUUUAAUUGCGUUAGAUGCGUGUUUUGCAAUGCGCACAUUUCCAUUUGGAACAUGGACAAAGUAGAUGUGAGAGUUAGGCAUCGACAGCUGUGCCCCGCUUGUCCUUUUGUGUUCGAUUGGAACAUGAACAAAGAAGAAAUAGUGAGACUCAGUCAUCGACGGUUUGGUCGUGCUUGUCCUUUUGAAUUUGAAUUUCUUGACUAUGAGUUAUGCGAUAGGUACUUGGAAAACGAGUUUGAAAAGCAAUAUGAAAGAGAUAAUUAUGGAAUUGUGGAAACAGAAAGCGAUCAAGAUGUUCAUUCUAGCGAUGAUAUCCAAAAAUAUUCAAAUAAAUCGGUAGAAAGUCUUCAAACAAAAGAUGACCAAAAGUAUGACGAAUACGAUAAUUAUAGUGAUUUGGAUGAGCUGCUAAUGGCGAAAAUUGACAAGACUUGUACUCGUACCCGCUACAAAUCUUAUCAAAAACAAACUGAAAAGCAGCGUAAAAAGGCUGAAAACAGGCUGAAAAAGAAACGAAGAACAAAAAUACGCAAUGCAAAACGAGAUCAAAAGCAAACAUAUUACCAGGACAGAAUCGACGAUGAUAAUUACAUACCUCAAAAAGGUUCCAAUGAUCAAGAUGUAAAGAAACAUGAUAGAAAAAUGUGUUGGGUUUGCAGAACUAAUGAUGCUGGCGAUAUACUGGAAGAACAGGUUUUCGAAUCUUACGAACAGUUUUAUCAAAAGCAAAAAUAUUACCGGGGCGAAAUCGACGAUGAUAAUCACAUAUUUCAAAAGGGUUCCAAUGAUCAAGAUGCAGAGAUACAUGAUAGAAAAAUGUGUUGGGUUUGCAGAAGCCGUGAUAUCGAUGAUAUGAUAGAAGAUCAGUUUUUGCAAUCUUACGAACAGUUUUUGGACGACCAAUAUAGAGAAGAAACCAAUUUUUAUUCGGACGAAAUCAGUGGCAUCGAUGAUGAAAAACAAAAUCAGGUUGAACGUCUAUGGGAUGAAGAGACCGAGUAUAUUUAUUUUUCUGACUAUGAGGCAUUCGUUCAAUACAUGGAUGAAUAUGAGAGGCAACAUCCAUGUAUUUGUAUAGGAAGUUUAGGUGUAUUUUCGAUAACGCUACGACUCAAAACAUUUGAAUAUAAGCAAUCAUAACAUGGAUAUUGAAAAUGAACAAAGAAGAUGUAAGACUCAGGCAUUGACAGUUAUGGCAUGUUUGUUCUUUUGUGUUCGAUUGUGCAUGUAUGUGUUAAUAAAAAAACCUAAAACGAUUUUGCGUAUUGUUUGUUUUUCGAGAAGUAUCAAAAAAUAAACACAAAAACACAAGCUAUAAUACAAUACAUUUUAUUCAACAAUCACGAUGUGACACAAUUUGAUGGGUAAAUUUUGUCAUCGCAUUGGCACUAAACAUUUCAAAAACGUUCUCUGUUUCAAGUAUCGCUUGGAUAAUAUCUUCUGACUUCUCCGAACCGUGGAAAUCUAUUGCGCCACAUAUCCAGUUUCCACCAAACCGUCACUCCAAAAACUGAGGACUGGGAUGCCGAAAUUGCGGUGGCGAAACGUCCUCCAUUCUUUCUCAGCGUGGGCAAAAUGACGCAGAGACAAAUUAACAGACUAAACCGAUGCUGGACCUGUCGCUGCGUGCCGGUCAAUUGUACAUGUUCAAAGUAUUGAAUAAAAU